AUGCCUAGCUCCUCCGACGCAAUCAAUAGGAUAAGUUACAUAUCCCUUGUCACCAGUGACAAUGACAAAUUCAACCAAACAUUCCAAUUCUACAGUCAAUUGGGAUUUAGAUUGACAAAAAGUUUCUCCAAAGUUUCAAGCUACGGAUCUGGAUUAGGUGCCAACCAUCCAGAAUUCCAAUUGGGUGUUUCUCAUGAUUCACUUAAAGAAGUUUGGUUAGAAUCUUACCCAUUACAAAAUGUCGACAGUAAUGGAAACCUUCGUCCUUGGCAAGAAAUGGAAGUUUAUGACGGUGAUAAUUGUGAAAGAUUAAAUGAAUCAACUGUGAUUAAAGUUAGAUUACUUGGCGAAACCCCUUUGAAGUCAAUUUCUCAAAAACAAUUUGUGUUUUUCACCACUCAAUUGAAUAAAAUUGAAAAAAUCUUGACCGAUGCAAAUGUCAAAUAUGGGAAAGUUGUUGAUAAUGUCAUUUUAGCUGAGGAUCCAUUAAGCAACAUUAUCAGUUUUUCCAAUACUCAAAAUGAAUUGUGUAAAACUAGAUUCCAAUCACCAGAAGAGUAUGUUGAAAAAACCACUGCAGAAAUAUUGGCUAAAAGAAAGAAAUCUCAAUUGGGUUCUAAAUUUGGUUCAUUUGAAGAAAUUUCACCAAGUGAAGUUGGCGGUGGUAAUGGUUUACGUAAAAAGAAAAUUGGGGUGAUGACAUCUGGUGGUGAUGCUCCUGGUAUGAAUCCAGCAGUUCGUGCUGUUGUUAGAGCCGGUAUUUAUUAUGGUUGUGAUGUUUAUGCCGUUUACGAAGGUUAUGAAGGGUUAGUUAAAGGAGGUGAUCUUUUAAAGAAGAUGGAGUGGAGUGAUGUUCGUUCUUAUAUGUCUCUUGGUGGUACUUCAAUUGGUACUGCUAGAUGUAAAGAAUUUAGAGAAAGAGCCGGAAGAUUACAAGGGGCAUACAAUAUGAUCAAGAAUGGUAUUGACGCAUUAGUUGUAUGUGGUGGUGACGGUUCAUUAACUGGUGCUGAUUUAUUUAGAAGCGAAUGGCCAUCACUUGUGAAGGAAUUAGUAGACACUGGAAAAUUAACUAAAGAAGAAGUUUCACCUUAUGAACAUCUUACCAUUGUUGGAUUGGUUGGUUCCAUUGAUAAUGAUAUGUCUGGUACCGAUGUUACCAUUGGUGCAUUCUCUGCCUUAGAAAGAAUCACAGAAAUGGUUGAUUAUAUUGGUGCCACUGCUGCUUCUCAUUCUCGUGCUUUUGUUGUUGAAGUCAUGGGUAGACAUUGUGGUUGGCUAGCAUUAUUGUCUGGUUUGGCCACUGGAGCUGAUUUUGUUUUCAUUCCUGAAAGACCACCUAAAGCCGGAUUAUGGAAAGAACAAUUGAAAGAAGUAUGUUUGAGACACAGAGAAUAUGGUAGAAGAAAAACCACCGUUAUUGUUGCCGAAGGGGCCAUUGAUGAUGAAUUGAACCCAAUCACUUCAGAAGAAGUCAAACAAGUUUUAGCUGAUUUAGGAUUGGACACCAGAAAUACCAUUUUGGGACAUGUUCAAAGAGGUGGUACUGCUGUUGCUUUUGACAGAAGAUUGGCUACUUUACAAGGGGUUGAAGCUGUUAAAGCAGUUUUGGAAAUGACACCAGACACACCAUCACCAAUGAUUGGUAUAUUGAAACACAAGAUUGUUAGAAUUCCAUUAGUUGAUGCUGUUAAACAAACUAAAGCUGUAGCUGAAGCCAUUAGCAACAAAGAUUUUGAUAAAGCUAUGAGUUUAAGAGACAAUAGUUUCUACGAUGAUUAUAGAUAUUUCCGUGAUAUUUCUAUUUAUGAUGAUGGUAGUAAACAAUUGAGUGAAGAUAAGAGAUUAAAUAUUGCAAUCGUUCACGUUGGUGCCGCAUCUGCUGGUUUAAAUGCUGCCACUCGUGCAGUGGCAUUGUACAGUCUUUCUCGUGGCCACAAAUUGUAUGCUGUACAAGAUGGAUUUGCUGGUUUAGUCAAAGGUGAUUUGAAGAACUUGACAUGGAUGGAUGUUGAAGGAUGGCAUAGUCUUGGUGGUUCAGAAAUCGGUACCAAUAGAUCCUUACCAUCACAAAACAUUGGUAAAGUUGCCUACAAUUUACAAAAAUUCAAUAUCCAAGGGUUAUUGAUUGUUGGUGGAUUUGAAGCUUUUACUUCAUUGCAUGAAUUAUCUGAACAAAAAGCCAAUUAUCCAAUAUUUGAAAUUCCAAUGGUGGUUGUUCCAGCAACAGUUUCAAACAAUGUUCCUGGUACUGAGUAUUCUCUUGGUGCUGACACCUGUUUGAAUCAAUUAGUUUCAUACUGUGAUGCAGUUCAACAAUCAGCAUCUUCAACUAGAAGAAGAGUGUUUGUAGUUGAAGUGCAAGGUGGUCACAGUGGGUAUGUUGCCUCCUACUGUGGAUUGAUAACUGGUGCUUUAGCCACUUAUACACCUGAAUCAAACAUAAACUUGAGAGAAUUACAAGGAGAUAUCGAUUUAUUGCAGAAAGUGUUUGCCACUGACCGUGGUGAAGAUCAUAAUGGUACUCUUAUUGUUAGAAAUGAACAAGCCAGUGCUGUUUAUUCGACUCAAUUGAUUGCUGAUAUUCUUAAAGAAAAUGCCAAUAAAAGAUUUGAAACCAGAACAGCAAUUCCAGGUCAUGUUCAACAAGGUUUCACACCAAGUGCCAAUGAUCGUGUUAUGGCAGUUAAAUUCUCAUUAAAAGCCAUGGAAUUUAUUGAAACAAGAAAUGGGUGUUAUGGUAAACACGAUCGUAAAUUCUCUGAUGAAGAAAUCAGUGAACAUUCUCAAGUUGUCAUUGGUAUCCAUGGAGAUGUUGUUAAAUUCACAUGUAUCAAACAUUUGUAUGAUAAUGAAGCUAAUGUUGCCUUGAGAAAGGGUAAGACAGUUCAUUGGACCGAUAUGAUUGAUGUGGCUAACAUUUUGAACGGUAAACUGUUGUUGAAAAAACAAGAAAGAUAUUAG